UACUUCCUGGACCAAUGGUGGCGGCCAUCCUCUGCUAGCCCGAAAGCCCAGCCUCCUCGAGUAGCUGGUGCAGUUUGAUAACACGGACCAGGCAGGACUGGAUAGCUACAGGAUUUCAGUGUUUGCAGCGAUACUAGAUACUUUGUUUAAUAGCAUGAUUCGUGCAAUAGCAUCAUAGCUAGCUGAAACGCGAUAGCUCCACUGCACUGUAUUGGCAAGUCGCCUGUUUUAACCCAUCUAUUGUUGAGCGCGUCUGCCAGCGUUUUGAUUACAGUGAGUGGGGAAGGAAGAAAACGCACACACCCCUCCGCUCUUAUGGUAGUGACUAGCGGGGAGGCUCGGGAAAAGAAAGAAUAGGUAGAGAGAUCUCGAUUGUUGUCUUUGGAAAGUUGAUUCUACUUCCGAGUAUAAAGGUUGGUCAUCCCAAUGGCGUCAAUUUCGAAGGUGUCCAUUCUGGAUUACUUCAACAUCGUGUUCGAGGGGGAGAACGGAAAGAUCGAGUCCAACUGUAAAGCAUGCGGCACCAGGAUACAGGCGAAGAGGAGCGUCACAUCCAACUUCGUCACACAUCUCAAGAGGAAACACCAGGCGAUGUACGAUGAGUUUGUAAAGAAGAAGGAUAUGAAGAGAGAAGCCUACUCCUCCUCAUCCUCCUCCAUCCAUCCCUACUCCUCAGCCUCCCUUCACAGCCUGGCCAACGGAGGAGGCCAUCGCUGCAAUCACUCCAUCACCGCUGGAGGAGGAGGGGUGGGAGUAGUAGGAGGCAUAGGGGGAGGAAGAGAGGGAGCAGGAGAAGGGGUGACGAAGUUCCACAGACACGACCCUCGCCAGGUGCUGAUCUCGGAGGCGAUCGCAAAGAUGUUGGUCCAGGACCUCCAGCCUGCCUCCCUGGUGGAUCUCAGAGGGUUCAGAGAGUUACUGCAGCUGUUAGAGCCUCGCUAUACUCCCGAACCCCCCAGAUACCUCCACACCCAGCUCCUCCCAGCCUACGCCUACCAGGCCCAGCUGGCCACCAGACAAGCCCUGGCCUCAGCCCUCUCUCUCAGCCUCUCUGUCUCCCUCUGGAGGGGUCUCCUUGGGACCACAGCAGGGGCUAACACUGGGUACCUGGGCGUGACCUGCCACUUCCUGUCGUCUGAUUGGCAGAUGCGUUCCGCCCUGCUGGCCUGCCUGCCUCUGGUUGGUGGGCUCUCGGCCAAUCGCGUGCUAGCAGAGUUCGAGGAGGUGUGUGUGGCGCAUGGCGUUUCGGGUCGAGCGUUCCGUGUCGUGGCUGACCCAUUUCCCGCUGAAACUCACCCCUCAUGCCGCCUACCAGGGUUCUGUAUCCACGGCAACCCGGGAGAUGAUGCCGAAGAGGAAGAGGAGGAGAGUGGGGAUGAAGGAGGAGAGAGGGAAGGAGAGGUAGAACAGGAGGACUGGUGGGAGGGAGGUCUGGGGACCGGCAGGAUAGACUGUUUCUGUUGUUCUCUGGGUCAGUGUGUGAGAGAUGGACUGCUCUCCUCCUCUCCUCUCCUCUCCUCCACCCUGGCUAAAGCCUCAUCCUUCUAUAACUACGUCACCUCCGCCGUGCCACACGACAAACUGGUGGGGCUGUUGGGAGGGGGGGUGGAGGGGGGGUGGGGAGCCGCAGGGCUGGAGAGCGAGACUGGGCCGUACAACUCAAGCUGUUGCGUGGUCUUCUGGACUCAGCAGAGUUCUUGGAGGAUGUGUCUGAUCGGGCUGACCUGGUGCUGAGUGGCCAGGAGGUGGCGCUGCUCAGAGAACUGACAGACACACUGGAGCCCUUUACUGAGGCCUGGGACAUGGUGCACACGCACAGACAGGGCGACAGGCACGUCUCCAUCAGUCUGGCUCUGCCCUGUGUCCUGGGGCUCCGUAAGCACCUGUCCGAGUGCGUCUCUCCCCAGCUACCCUGCCUGCUGCUGGGCUUGUCUCAAGCCGUAGAGCGCCGCCUGGCUCCCAUCCUGGAGGACCCUCUGUACGUCACCGCCACCACCCUGGACCCACAGUUCAAACUCACCUGGAGCUCAGACCCUGACUGGCACAGACAGGUCCUCCUGGACGAGGUCACCAAACACACACAAACACAG